GCUGUUUUCAGAGUGUUUCAGAGUUGGCAACGCUAAAGUCACGUUGUUUAUUUAUUAUUUAAACAAUUAUUGAUAACUCUUAAUAAAUUCUUGUUUAAAAAACAAGAAUAAUAAAAAUUUAAAAAAUGAGUGCAAUUUUAAGAAAUACAUUGCGUUUUGUCAGCACAGCAAAAUAUGCUACAAAUAAUUCAACAAAAAAUCUACGAUCCAUGACGUUCACUACUAGUGUAAAUAAUUCAUUACCAUUACUUCAACCAAAUUAUCUCAACCGUAAUGAAUUUGAAAAAUUACAGUUUAUUCAAGCUAAAAAAAUAUCAACUAAUUUUGGAACAACCAUGUGGACCGCUGGAAAGAAAAUGUUAUCAUUAAUUUCUAAUGAAGAAAUAAAAAAGGCAACAAUUGGUCAACUUAAGGUAUCACUUGGUAGUGGUAAAAUAAGAUUAUUAACAGAAAAAAAUACGAAAAAUUUAAUUUUUCCUCCAACAUUCAACAUUGAACUUAACGAAAAAUUAAUUGAACCUAAAAGCAAUAAAAUUACUAAUGAAGAAGAAAAGACAUUAGCAUUCAAGUUGGAUCAAUGGCAUGUAUCACUUGAUGAUGAUGAAUUAACAUUUAAAAUGAAAGAUACUGGCGAAGAGUUUAUUUUGAAACACGCAGUUCACGUUGUAGCUCACAUGUAUCCACCUAAACCAUUAGAAGAUGGUAGUUAUAGGUCGAAUUCAGGAACACCUAUUUCUGAUGUUAAAGUAUAUCCCGCUAAAGAAAUAUCAAAAUCAGAUGGCUCAGAACCUUUAGAUCGGGAAUUUCCACCUAUAAGUACUGUUAUCACUCCCAAACAAUUUGAUACUAACGAAAAUGACAAAAAUGAUGAAUAUAAUCCAUUAUUACCAAAAGAAAGUAAUCAGGAAAUAACUGAUAGACCAAAUAGCGAUGGAAGAAUGAAAUUAAAAUUUCCAAUGACUGCGUCACUUGAAGGAUCUCGUCAGAAAAUUCUGUUAAAAGAUUGUGAUGAUACUUAUACUGUCUAUCACACAGUUGACAUUCAAGCUAGCAAUAAAUUGGCUAAAAUUGCGAAUAAAAAAAAAGAUGGAACAUCAAAAAUUGGUAAACUUCAAAUGGUACUGUACAGCGGUGAACUUAUCUUUGAACCAAGAGCUUCCAGUCUACAAUGUGUAUCCAUCAAACACGAUGUCGACAUUGAAAUUGACUUGGAAAGUGAAAUACCAAGUAUUCUUAUUAGCCCUCAUAUGAAAAUGCGUCGUCGUAUUUAGAUAAAAAUAAAUAGUUAUUAUUUUUCUUGUCUAAUAUAUUAUGAUUGAAUUAUAAUUAAACGAUUCCCAUAUUAUUUUAUAUGAUGAUUUAUGAUCAUAUAAUGAUUUAUAAUUAUAGUAUCAAACAUUCGAUUAAUAAUCAUUUAGAUUAAAAUAAAUAGUUAUUAUUUUUCUUGUCUGUUAAUUUACGAAUAAUUAAUAUUUUUUUUCUGACUUAUUAUAAUUAAAUUAUAAUAAAACAAUUGUAAUUUUAUUUUAUUGGGUUUGAUAAUGAUUUAUAAUUGCAGUAUCAAAUAUUCAAUUAAUAAUCAUUUAGAUUAAAAUAAAUGAAUAUUAUUUUUCUUGUCUGUUAAUUUACGAAUAAUUAAUAUUUUUUGUCUAACUUAUUAUAAUUAAUAAGUUAUUAAUUCAUGUUUAUAUCUAUAAAAGUAAAAAUAAAUAACUUAUUUUAAAAACAUACUACUCGUAUUUUUUUUUAGAAAUUAUAAAAGAGACAAUUGGGUUAUUAUUAUUAUACAAUACUAUUUAAUUUUUAUUUUUUACUUUCUUUUUUUGAAAUGAGCAAUGAUUUUAUGUUGUGAUUUUUAUUUUUUAAAUUUAACUAUCGGUAAAUUUAGGUAUAGUUAAAUAAAAAAUAGAAUUGCUACAAGUUUAAUUCUGGUAUUUAUUAUUAUGCAGUUAAUGUGCUUAUUCAAGUUAAUACCCAAAAUAUAUCAUUUUAAUUAUCUCUCUUUCUUUUCCUUAUUGAACUUCAUCACUUUUUUUUUUGUCAGUUGCAGAAAGAAACUUUUUAUUGAAAUACAUUGAUUUUAUUCUUCAUUUUUUUUUCUUACUAAAAGGCAGAAAUAUACCAGAGGCUCUUGUAAAUUUUUUUGAUGCAGCAACAGCAGUCAAUAAGUCAUCAAUAAAUAUUACAAAAAAAUUUCAUAAUUUUCUACUAGGAAUACAGAAUGAUAAAAGAGGUAUCCAUAUUAUU